GCCGUAAAAGCAACAAUGAUAAGAAUUUGGUCAACACCGCGGGAAAGAUGGCGGCGGAUGUGCAGGAGAGCGAGUAUUUUAUCAGAGAAAUCGAGAAAAACGACGGUUCCGUCUUGAAGGUGAAGCAGUGCUACCUGGGAGACGUUGGCUGUGUGGUUUGGGAUGCAGCCAUCGUGCUCGCUAAAUAUUUAGAGACUAAACAGUUUUGUAAUCCGGCCUCAGGCCUGAACCGUUUUUGCGGUCGGACUGUGGUGGAGCUGGGAGCUGGAACUGGAGCUGUGGGUCUGAUGGCAGCAACACUGGGUGCUAAUGUUACUGUGACAGACCUGCAGGAUUUACAAACCCUCCUGAGAGCCAACAUCCAAGAAAACCAGACACUCAUCAGACAAGGAUCCAUAACUGCCAAGGUACUGAAAUGGGGUGAUGACGUGUCUGACUUCCUUCCACCUCCACAUUACAUCCUUAUGGCAGACUGCAUCUAUUACGAGCAGUCUGUUGUUCCACUGGUGAACAGCUUGAAAAAUCUUGCCGGUCCGGACACCUGCAUUAUUUGUUGCUAUGAGCAACGCACAGAGGGUGUCAACCCAAAAGUGGAAAAGCAGUUUUUUGAGUUACUGCAGCAGAACUUCACCUGGGAGGAAAUCCCUUUAGAGAGCCAUGAUCCAGAGUUUAGCAGUGCUGAUAUUCACAUUCUGCACAUCCAGCAAAAAGUCUGACGUGCCGAUUUCAAAUUAAGAGUCUGCACACAUUAAAGUUGCAGUGUAUUUUAAUUAUUAGCAUUCAUAGCCAUCUGUUCGUUAUUGUAUAAAUUACGAUUCAAUAGAGUAAGACUUUCAUAUCUAUAUGGGAACCAGCCCCUUUUCAGAAGCUGCCGUUUUUUGUUUUGUUUUUUUUACAGUGCAGAUGGAAAACUGAUGAAGAAAAACCAGAGAAAUCAGUGGUUGCUCUUCUGUACACUGGCUACUGGUUUCCUAUGUAAAAUAAGUUUGAGAACCCUCAUUUUGGUGAAAUGGAGAUUCACGCACCACUAGAUGGCACUAAAUCCUACACACUGCAGCUUUAAUGUUUCAUCAUUUUACCACAACAGUCAUGUUUGUGAAGUUAAAAGCUUAAAGUCUGUAUGAGUUAAUUUUAUGUUUUGAAGCAUUUAAA